AUGACUGUCACUUACUCCAGUAAAGUAGCCAAUGCGACUUUUUUUGGAUUUCAUAGGUUACUCCUCAAGUGGAGAGGCAGCAUCUACAAGCUACUAUACAGGGAAUUUAUUGUUUUUGCUGUUUUUUACACAGCAAUAAGUUUGGUGUACAGAUUGUUACUUACAGGAGCCCAAAAACGUUACUUUGAAAAAUUAUCAAUUUACUGUGACAGAUAUGCUGAACAAAUUCCAGUAACCUUUGUGCUUGGGUUUUACGUUACUCUGGUAGUGAACCGAUGGUGGAACCAGUUUGUGAACCUGCCCUGGCCGGACAGGCUGAUGUUCCUCAUCUCCAGCAGCGUCCACGGGAGGGACGAGCACGGGCGCCUGCUGCGAAGGACACUCAUGCGCUACGUCAACCUCACCUCCCUGCUCAUCUUCCGCUCGGUGAGCACCGCCGUGUACAAGAGGUUUCCCACCAUGGACCACGUGGUGGAAGCAGGUUUUAUGACAGCAGAUGAAAGAAAAUUGUUCGACCACCUCAAAUCUCCUCAUCUGAAAUAUUGGGUUCCAUUCAUCUGGUUUGGAAAUCUGGCAGCCAAAGCCCGGAAGGAAGGUAGAAUCAGGGACAGUGUUGAUCUGCAAUCAUUGAUGACUGAAAUGAACCGAUACCGCUCUUGGUGCAGCCUCUUGUUCGGGUACGACUGGGUUGGGAUCCCGCUGGUUUACACCCAGGUUGUCACUCUGGCUGUCUACACCUUCUUCUUCGCGUGCCUGAUUGGACGCCAGUUUUUGGACCCCACAGAAGGCUAUGCAGGGCAUGACUUAGAUCUUUACAUUCCAAUCUUUACUCUCCUACAGUUCUUCUUCUAUGCAGGAUGGCUCAAGGUAGCUGAGCAGCUGAUCAACCCCUUUGGAGAAGAUGACGAUGACUUUGAAACCAACUGGUGCAUUGACAGAAAUCUGCAGGUCUCUCUUUUAGCAGUGGAUGAAAUGCACAUGAGCUUACCCAAGAUGAGGAAGGACAUCUACUGGGAUGAUUCUGCUGCUCGCCCACCAUACACGCUGGCAGCUGCUGACUACUGCAUCCCCUCAUUUCUGGGGUCGACAGUCCAAAUGGCGCUGUCUGGGUCCGAUUUGCCUGGCGAGGAGUGGCUACUGGACUACGAGAAGCAUGGCCAGCGCCAUUCCAUGAUCAGAAGGGUCAAGAGGUUCCUGAGUGCCCACGAACACCCCUCCAGCCCCAGGGGCAGACGCUAUGGGAGGCAAGCCAGCGAGAGCUCCACGUUCUUCCCUGCUGGCGACCUGAGCCCCACCCGGGACCUGCUGGACGUGCCCUCGCGAAGCCCCCACCGUGCCUCAGCCUCCUGGAAGCAGGUCUCCCCGGAGGCGAGCCCCAAGCUGCACGCCAGCCUGGGAGAGCUGUCCACAAUCAGGGAGACCAGCCGGACAAGCACCUUACAGAGCCUGACCCCACAGUCCAGCGUGAGGGCCUCCCCCGUCAAAAUGCCUCAGGUGCCCGAGGUACUGAUCACAGCCCCGGGGCCGCCGGCAGAGGACCAGCGCGGCUCCACUGGCUCCAUCCAGAGCUUCCAGUUCACCGGGCUUCAGCCAAGCAGCACUGGGAAGCAGGAGGACCCCGUGGGAUUGAUCCUGUUCCCCUCAGGGGAGGGGACACCUCCUGAAGGCCCCAGUCCCCACACUGCUUCAGCCAAAGCUGAGAAAAUCAUUUUCAAGUUUGCGCCUGAGGAAGACCCCUUUGAGAGUGACACGUUUCCAAAGCGGUGGAGCCUCCCCGGCUUCCUGGAGUCCAGCCACGCCUCCCUGGAGGGCCCGAGUCAGGAGCCCGCGAACCCUGAGCCGGCUCUUUUAAUCGACACAGAAACAUCCUCCGAGACCAGUGGCAUCAACUUUGUGGCCGGCUCUCCCACCUCUCCUGACCUGCUGUAUUUAAUGGAAAACCUGGACGCCAAGGAAACGGACAUCGUAGAAUUUAACAACGAGCGCACGGAGGAAUCGCCCAGGGGGAUGCGGGAAAGAUCCGGGACCUGGUUCUAGUCUAAAGCCUCACUUCCCCGAAGUCCAGCAUCGGUUCCAGAACAUACCUGAGGACUGGUCAAUUUUUUUAAAAAAGCAAUCAUACUGUAUAAGCUAUUUAAAACUUUGAAGGGCAUUAUGAUCCUGACUUUUUCAGAACUAAGGAUGUGGAGCACAUUCUCCACCAUCGAGUGGCUUUCAUGGAUGUUACAGAGACCGCAGUGAUGUAUCUCAUCCAAACAAGGAGUCUUAAAUGCAUACGUGACUUACAAAUUCAUAGAUUGUUAGCUUUGGAAAGCACCUUAGAGAUCAUUAUCUAAUCCCCUAGUUUUGCCAAUAGGAGACAAAGAAUUCCCUAUUUGUUUCUGGGUUUUUUUCUUCUUCUUUUCUUCAAUUACAAAAGCAAGGAGAUGGUCCAUAAAAUGCCUCAAAAGCCACAUUCUCACUGUGGCUGUUUGGUUUGAGGCUUUCUCACCAUUUCACUCCCACUUUCUAAACUGUUACCACCGCGUCCCCGUUCUUGAGCUUUGUCAGCGUCAAGAAGCUGCAUCUCCCUCCCUGUUCCUUUCCCACUUUCGCGACUUCACUUUUCUCUUUUCUCCCU